AUGAGCCAUGACUCGCCCUCCCACGGUUCAAUGUCCGCACAACAAAAGCGAGCCUACCGCCAGCGACGUAAGGAUCCUAGCUGUGAUGCUUGCAGGGAGCGCAAGGUGAAGUGCGAUGCAACCGAUGCGAAUAGCUGUUCAGAGUGCUCGAGUCGUGGUGUCAAGUGCCAAUUUACCAAGGAGACUAACCGGCGCAUGUCUUCGAUCAAGCAGGUACAGGAUCUCGAAAAGCAGCUUUCCAUGGCCAAGCAGCAGAUCAAUCAACUCCGCAGCAUGAUGCAGGACGGAGGCACAUCGGAUCAAGGGAUUGGCACGGCGAAUGUCCCGCAGUUGCGUCUACCCGAGCGAGGCCCUAAACUGCGUCGAGAGCCGCCACCUGUCAUCAAUGGAUUCGAUGAUGUGAGAAAAAACAUUCGCAAUUACAGCAAAGGAAUCUUCAAGCCGCCUCCACCUUAUCGCACCACCGGUCCGCAGCCCCUGAUCACUCAAAGCAAUCUCCCGCUCCCUCCUAAACACGUCGCCGACCGAUUACUGGGACACUAUCAUUCUUGGAUGCACGCUAGUGCGCCUCUCUUACAUUUCCCGACCUUCAUGCAGGACUACGAAGAUGUCUAUCAUGCUGGCACAUUUGCGCAGUGUCCUGGAAUCUGGGUCGCGCUUUUCCACGCCGUUCUGGCGUGUGGUACACUCAUGGAACCCCAGCCGGACAAAACUGUGGCCGAGACGGACGGAGCAAGAUAUAUUGAGACAUGCCUCAUGUCUAUCAACACCUGGAGUGACGACCUGACGUUAGAUCGUGUCCGUGUGGCUCUGCUACUGAGUGUGUUCUUCAUCGAAGUGAAUAUGCAGUCACCAGCAUGGAUUUGGCUCGGAGCGGCUGCGAGGAUCUCACAAGAUAUUGGGCUACACACCGACAGUGGCGCAUAUUCUCCUAUGGAGACUGAGAUGAGGAGGCGAGUCUGGUGGUGUGUCUACAAUUGGGACCGACUCCUCGCACUCGAGACCGGCCGCCCGCUCCUGAUUGAUGAUGACGACUGCGAGGUGAACGAGCCUGUUCCUGUCGAUGAUGAUUGCAUACGACCGAACGGCAUUACUAUGCCGCCUCCGGGCUCCGUCGUGCCCAAUGCCAUGAUCGCUGUCAUUCCUGUGCAGCGGACCACAUUCCAACUCAAAAAGUCGCUGAAAUCACAGACCAUUGCCCCAUCUACACUUGGCACUUAUGAUGAGCACUUCAAGACGAUUAUGGCCAGCUGGCCAGACCCAUAUCCGAUCCACUCGCAAGCGCCUCUGGACCCGCGACUUCUCAUACCGGCUUGCAGUCUACAGUCUCAGCGUUUCUUUUUGUACCGACACAAUCUGUCGUCGACAUGCAGGAUGCACGAUAGAAAGGACGCGCUUGAGAGAUGUGUCUCCGUUGCUCGGGACACAGCGCACUAUGUACAAAGAACCCUGCAGCACCCGUCCGGCUCACCUACACAAGGAUACAUGUCACCAGCGCACAUGUCACAAUGGGCCUCUCGGAUCCGGUCCACCACUCCCUCAUUUUUCUGCACGCAUUUGUGGAGAUGCCAGCUCGUUUGCAGUCUCAUGGGAGACUUUGCCUCCGCGCUGACCUUGGUGCAUGUCUCCACGGCGAUUGGCGAUAUGCGAAGGAUCAAUGUCAGCUGUGGACGCUUCCUCGCGUUCUUCCUCGACAAGCUGAUUGCUAGACUUCGCGCUGGAGCUACACAGCAGUCGCUGGAGACCGACGAAGAGAUGCUGGCGUACGCGAGCGCAGACAUGCAAGGAUGUAUCGACGAGGCGUGGGCAUGGGCUGGUAGCGAAACUUCCGUGAGCACGUUUCCAGAGCAUGCGGCUGUAAAUGGCCAGCCCACUGCGAAGAAACUUCACGACCACGAGCAGCUCUCUGCCAACACACUCACCCACCACGAAGCGCAAGCAUGGGGCGGCUGGGAGCAGAUUCACCGCACAUUGACACAUCUGCUACACGAACAGCAGCAUGGUAGGCCGUCAUCUCAGCCUCAACCUCAACAACAGCAGCCGCCGCCGCCGCAACAUUACCAACAACACUACGCACAAUCCUCGCAACCGCCACAAGGACCGGAUUUCAGGCCUCAUAGCCAACCGCCGCCGCCACAUCUCCCCAACAGCCAGUACAGCUCUCCCGCGCCAUCCUCUCGUGGAUAUGCUCCUCAGCCUCCCACAUCGGCCAACGGUUCCAACAGCGGUGCACCUGCUAGCAGUCGCAUUAGCAUCAAGGACAUAAUGUAA